CUGCGCCUCAGAAUGCGAGCGCCGUGACGUUUAGCUUUUAAUUUCUUUGGCACGCUCUUCCAAAUUCACUUUCCUUUAAUUCGCGUCGCGUGUCACCGUGUAUGUUUGCACUCGUACGUACAGCCGCGCCCAAAUAGCUAAGCUGUUUUGUCUUUCACCGAAUCGUCUUCGUGUGGGGAAAAAAAAAUGAAAGAGAGAGAGGGAACGACGUACCGCGCAAGCUACUUAACCUUCUUGCCGGGCGAAAUAUUUGCUCGGAACUCGGAACACUUCGGUUCUUCUUUCUCAAUUUUUUUGCGGUUACCCCUUCCACGUUGUCUUUAUAUCGAUGGUUGACUCUUAGCCUUUAAAAAUGUAUUAUCAUUAUAAUGGGUGACGGCUUGACGUAAACAAUACGAGUAUUCACUCGCUUUCGCUAAAUUUUCGUAGUAGUUCUGUAUGAAAAUUUCACUAUAACCUCAAUCCAAAGUGAGAGGGAGUGUCAGAAAAAAAGUGCCAAUGUAAAAAGUGCCAGCUGUGUAGGAAGUCUGCCAUUAGGAUGGGCAAGCUCUUGUCAAAGAUCUUUGGCAACAAGGAAAUGCGCAUUCUCAUGCUGGGCUUGGAUGCAGCCGGCAAAACCACUAUUUUGUAUAAACUUAAAUUAGGACAGUCAGUGACGACUAUACCAACCGUAGGAUUUAAUGUGGAAACAGUCACGUAUAAAAAUGUUAAAUUCAAUGUGUGGGAUGUAGGAGGACAAGAUAAAAUACGUCCAUUAUGGCGUCAUUAUUAUACAGGAACACAAGGAUUAAUUUUUGUUGUCGAUUGUGCAGAUAGAGAUCGAAUUGAUGAAGCUCGACAGGAAUUACAUAGAAUUAUAAAUGACAGAGAAAUGCGAGAUGCCAUUAUCCUUAUUUUUGCCAAUAAGCAGGAUCUUCCAGAUGCUAUGAAACCGCACGAGAUCCAGGAGAAGCUCGGACUGACGCGAAUACGAGAUAGAAAUUGGUACGUGCAACCUUCUUGUGCCACAACGGGAGAUGGACUUUACGAAGGCCUCACGUGGCUGACCAGUAAUCAUAAGUUAUGAGCAAGUGGUUGAACCUCUGUCACCACUUCAUAAAACAAUUCCAUUAUAGUGCCGCAAGAUAUGUGUAUAAAAACGAAGUCGCGUGUGCCUAUAUGAGAAUAUGGAAAAUAAAACAAUUCGUUGAAAUUCCUUCUACAGAAUGGAAAAAACAUACAUAAAAAAGAAAAGAAUUAUGAAUAAUAGCACAAUGGAUAAGUGAUGGUUAAAUAAGGUAUAUAAAAUAGUUAUGUCGUCGAUUUUUCAUAGUUACAAAUGGAAGUAGUUGUUAACUUUGGUAAAAGGGUUCAUUUUGAUCGGUUAAUUACUCAGAAAAUAAAUUGAUAGGGAGACGAAUACUGUAAAAAAAAAAAAUAAAAUA